ACCACAGUGUUUAUGAUGGACGAUUUAUUCCCCGGUGCAAAGUCAACAUAACACAGCAAACGCACCGCAAUUAUUAACAUUUUCCUGGGGCCUCAUGAGGCCGGAGAGUCAGUCAGUGGAGGAGAGGAGCUCCGGGAGCAGGCUCCACUUUCCCCGGGACACAUCCCUGCCUCCUCGGCGUCAUGGCUCUCUACCACGGCCGCCUGCCGCCGCUCGGACUGCCGGGCCUGUCCGCCCCCCCGCUCAUCUACCUGUACGGGCGGGACGGUGGAGGGGUCGUGCCCGCCGCCCUGAGCUUCGUGUCCGGCCAGGAGCCUCCGCAGAAGCCGCCCUACAGCUACAUCGCGCUCAUCGCCAUGGCCAUCAAGAGCGCACCGGAGCAGCGCGCGACGCUCAGCGGCAUCUACCAGUUCAUCAUGGACCGGUUCCCCUUCUACCACGACAACAAGCAGGGCUGGCAGAACUCCAUCCGGCACAACCUGUCCCUGAACGACUGCUUCAUCAAGGUGGCCAGAGAGAAGGGCCGGCCCGGCAAAGGCAGCUACUGGACGCUGGACACCACCUGUCUGGACAUGUUUGAGAACGGAAACUACCGGCGGAGGAAGAGGAAGGCGAAAGGUCACCAGGAGGCUUUGGAGUCCAGAGCCGCUGGACACAAGCGCACCAAGGGCCCGGGGCCACCGAGGGCCCCCCAAUCCUCCACCAAGCACCAGACUGGCUCGGAGAUGGAGAAGGCACCAGCGAGGCAGGAGGCGGAGGAGACAGAAACUCAAGCGGACACGAAGUCUGUUCUUGUCGAGAUUAACCAGGCGGAGCCGCCACGAAGUCCCGUCCACAGACUUAAAGUUCUCCCGGGUUCAUCCACCGAGAGGCGGCCGGAGCCGGGUCCCGCUCCCAGGCACGCUGCCCUGUGGAUGGACGGCGCGCACCUCCUCGGCGCAUCCUUCCGCUGGGAGACGGAGGACAGAAGGUUCGCGUUCAGCGGAAGAGACAGAGACAGAGGUCCGCUCUGCGCCGUCAGCUGCGGAGGAAACACUAACUUGGCUGCACCUGCGUCGGAGAGUCCGAAAGGAACCGUUCCGAGCCGGGACAAAUCGAAAGGUUUUAGCAUCGACAGCAUCUUAUCGAAAAAUGACGGCGAGACGCGCGGCAGCCUCCUCGGUUUGUACCCGGACACGUGCGCGGAGAACCCAGGUUUCAGUUCGUCUCUGGUCCUCGGUGCUCGGCCACAUCACUUGCACCAGAUGGGAUUCCCCCUCUCCUCUUACCUGUCACUCACCUACCCAGACAAAGUACUGCAUUUUAAAUGAGCACCGCCAUGAAUCCAGACUCCAGUGUAUUUUACGCACGGACGCCUGAAGAUGUAAAGUGUUUAAAGCUUCACAUGCUUCGUCCCAUUGAGACAUGUUCCUCCUCUUCUUCUUAUUUCAGGACCUCUGCCACGUUCUUCAUCCACAGAAGCGAUCAGACAGCGACAGAGAGCAGCCGGAAGGCUUUUAAAUUCAUCUUUACGCAUGCGUAAUUGUCAGGACUGUGGUUAUAUGGCACACAUCUUCCCCAAAAUACUGCCCGAUACAACAAAAAGCUGAAAGUUUAUAACGAUCCUGUCAAUGUCGUGUGAAUAUUUAGGGCAAGCUCAACAUUUCUCACUUCAUACAUGACGAAGAAACCCCCCAGAGAACAUGUUGAAUGUGUUAAUGUGUUUAUCCAAAGAAGAAAGAUCGUGUCUCUGAACUCUGGACUUAUUGUACAACAUGAGAAUGAAGUUUCACACUCAGCGAUGUAAUCAAAGGUAUUUUACAUUCCACACUGCUCUGAAGUUCAUGUGCAAAUAAAGUUUAGUUUGGUAAUAAA